AUGACCCAGUGGAUAAAUCCACAUCUCUCUUUCUUUCUUUUUGUUUUCUCCCUUCUCAUUCUUCUCGCUUCUUCUUUCUUCGAUUUAUUCUUUUUCUUUCCUUUUCUACCCUUCUUUCUUUCUUUCUUUGCAUCCCUUCUGCCUUCCUUAUUCAGUCACUUUUUCUUUCUUUCUUUCUUUCUUUCUUUCUUUCUUUCUUUCUUUCUUUGUGAGCAUCCAUUAUUUCUUUUUCAUCCUCUCCCUUUCUUUCCUUCUUUUCCUUCUUUUUUCCUUCUUACUUUCUCAGCUUCUUCUCUUUUUCUUCUUUUACGUUUUCCAUUUAGUACACUUUUCUUUCUUUCUUUCUUUCUUUCUUUCUUUCUUUCUAUCUUUCUUUCUUUCUUUCUUUCUUUCUUUCUUUCUUUCUUUGUAUUCCUCCUGCCUUUCUUAUUCAAUCACACCUUCUCUAUUUCUUUUCGCUUUCUUCUAUGCUGUCUAUACAUCUUAUUUAAUUUUUCCGUUGUCGUCGUCGACAACUUUCUUUACAUCGUUUUCUUAUCUACAUUGUCCAAUUUUCUUCUUUAUCUCUUUUCUUCUUCAACCCUUCCCCAUACUUUACUUCCUCUAUCACCCACUUCUCUUUUUUCUCCUGACUAUACACUCUUCUUCUUUAUUCUUCUUUUGUUCUUCCCUUCCUUUAAUUUGCAUCAUCUUUUUAUCGUCUGCUUUCUCUUCUCGCCAUUUUGUUUACCUCUGUUUACUAUUGAUAUUAUUAUUUGUACUCAUUCGUAUUUUUUAAAAGUCACAACAACAUCUAUUCAUGUCCAGCCUUCAAAAUCUAUCUAUCUAAAUCAUUCUGUUCAUAUCUAUCUCAAUCUGUUCAUAUCUAUCUAUCUAUCUAUCUAUCUAUCUAUCUAUCUAUCCAAGUUUGUUCAUAUCUAUAAAUCUAUCUCAGUCUGUUCAUAUCUAUCUAUCUAUCUAUCUAUCUAUCUAUCUAUCUAUCUAUCUAUCUAUCUAUCUAUCGAAAUCAUUCUGUUCAUAUCUAUCUAUCUAUCUAUCUAUCGAAAUCAUUCUGUUCAUAUCUAUCUAUCUAUCUAUCUAUCUAUCUAUCUAUCUAUCUAUCUAUCUAUCUCAGUCUGUUCUAUUUAUCUAUCCAAGUUUGUUCAUAUCUAUCAAUCUAUCUCAGUCUGUUCAUUAUCUAUCUAUCUAUCUAUCUAUCUAUCUAUCUAUCUAUCUAUCUCAAUCUGUCCAUAUCUAUCGAAAUUAUUCUGUUCAUAUCUAUCUAUCUAUCUAUCUAUCUAUCUAUCUAUCUAUCUAUCUAUCUAUCUAUCUAUCUCAGUCUGUUCUAUUUAUCAAUCCAAGUUUGUUCAUAUCUAUCUAUCUAUCUAUCUAUCUAUCUAUCUAUCUAUCUAUCUCUAUCGAAAUUAUUCUGUUCAUAUCUAUCUAUCUAUCUAUCUAUCUAUCUAUCUAUAUCUAUCUAUCUAUCUCAGUCUGUUCUAUUUAUCAAUCCAAGUUUGUUCAUAUCUAUCUAUCUAUCUAUCUAUCUAUCUAUCUAUCUAUCUAUCUCAGUCUGUUCAUAUAUAUCUAACAAACUGUUCACAUCUAUCUUAA